GCCAGCGGGAGGCGGGGACGGCGCAACUCUUUUCCCUGAAGGAGGCAGGCGGGAAGCGAAAGGGAAGACCUUGGAAGAGACGCUCGGCCGGAGGAGACGAAGAGCAGCCAGGGAAGGAGUUGGCGGCGAAGGAUUGCAGCUACCUUGUCAGGAAUGCUGUUCAUCUGUCAGAGCUGGAGAAAGAUCAGCAAGAGGAGACAUAAGGGAAUUUAGGAGAUGGACUCUGUGGAAACUCAACAUGCCUGACCCAAAGUCUGACCUUCCUUGAACUUCAAACAGCCAGGAAGAAGAAAAAAUGCCAGAGCAUAGCUAUGGAUUUCAUGAAUGGUGAUGGUGCUGCACCCACAAAACCCCAAGGCAAUACUUUCUAGGUAGAAGAACAGCGGGGAAUAAGAGGAAGACUUUAUUUGUCUCUGUCUGGAAGGAAAGCUUUUCUCCAGCAAAUUGGACACUGUGAUCCCUCUCCAUGGAUAAAGGACACACAUUACCUCAAGACUUCUGGGAGCUGCUACAUUGUCUGAGGAUGAGGAGCAAGUAUGCCAUCCUCCUGGUGUUUGUAGUAGCACUUGUCAUAAUUGAGAAGGAGAACAACAUCAUAUCAAGGGUGUCAGACAAGCUGAAACAGUCUCCACAAUCCCUGAUGGAAGCCAAUAGCACAGAUUCUGACUUGGUGCUGUCAGAAAACGGUUCUCUCCUGUCCCUCAGUGAGCUGGAUUUAGCUUUCUCACAGCUCAAGAGUCGACUUCAGAACAUCACGUUGCAGCUCGGAGGAACUAGAGAACCACGACUAGCACCAGCUAAAGGGACAAGGAAACAUGUGCUCCUGAUGGCCACAACUCGCACCGGUUCCUCCUUUGUAGGGGAAUUCUUCAACCAGCAGGGCAAUAUUUUCUACCUCUUUGAGCCAUUGUGGCACAUUGAAAGAACCGUAUCCUUUGAGCCUGGUGGUGCUAAUGCCGUGGGGUCAGCCCUUGUCUACAGAGAUGUUUUGAAGCAGCUCUUCCUUUGUGACCUCUACAUCUUGGAGAACUUUAUCAUCCCUUUCCCUGAGAAUCACCUGACGCAGUUUAUGUUUCGACGUGGUUCAAGUCGCUCGCUGUGCGAGGAGCCUGUCUGCACACCUUUUGUCAAGAAGGUCUUUGAGAAGUAUCACUGCAAGAACCGUCGCUGUGGCCCUCUAAAUGUGACUUUGGCUGCAGAGGCCUGCCUGCGCAAGGAGCACAUGGCCCUUAAGGCAGUGCGGAUCCGGCAGCUGGAGUUCUUGCGGCCUCUAGUUGAAGACCCUCGGCUGGACCUGAAGAUAAUCCAGCUGGUACGGGAUCCUCGGGCAGUGCUGGCUUCUCGCAUGGUAGCCUUCUCAGGUAAGUAUGAAACCUGGAAGAAAUGGGCGACCGAGGGUGCAGCAUCCCUUAAUGAGGAGGAGGUGCAAAGGCUGCGGGGGAACUGCGAGAGCAUCCGGCUCUCGGCUGAACUCGGUUUGAAGCAGCCAGCCUGGUUACGGGGUCGCUACAUGCUGGUCCGCUAUGAGGACAUUGCCAGGUCUCCCCUCCAAAAGGCCAAGGAGAUGUACAAGUUCACAGGCAUCGCCAUUACCCCCCAGGUGGAGGAGUGGAUCCGGAAGAAUACUCAGGCACCUCAGGAUAGCAACGGCAUCUACUCCACCCAGAAAAACUCUUCAGAACAAUUUGAAAAAUGGCGGUUCAGCAUCCCUUUCAAGCUGGCCCAAGUGGUGCAAAAUGUCUGCAGUCCAGCCAUGAAACUGUUUGGCUACAAGCUGGCCAGCAGUCCCGAGGUCCUUACAAAUCGGUCCAUCAGCUUGCUAGAGGAGGCGAGAAGAACCUUCUGGGUCACGUAAAAGUGGCUCUUGCUGCUAGAUUUCCCCCAUAUUGUAGUGUUCUGUGGAGUUGAAAAAGAUGGAAUGAAGACAUCAUUGGGAAAAGGAACGCAUAGAAGAAAGACUUGAAGAGGAAGCCAUCUGUGGCUAGCUUUCUUUGAGCUUCUGGCAUGUCUUGUGUUCUGUAUUUGAGCACAGUGCUUUCUGCUUUUCCUGGGAGCAUUUGUUAUGUUCCUAACUUAUUUGAGGCUUUUUCAUUGGCUUAUCAAAUGGUCAAAGUCUAGUAAUAUGAAUGGACCAGAGGAUGACACAGAAUACUGAGAUCCAAUCUCUUUACCUCAUAUCCAUGUCUUCCUCAGUGGAAGCAUUAACUAUUCCUCACAAUACAUCCAAAGUGGGAGUGAGAAAAUAUUAUAUUUUUGAAAAUACAUUUACACUUUUUAAAAAGAAAAAAGGUUCCUCCUCCUGCUGAGAAGUUCAAUGAAAAAGCAGAGUAUUGCACUGAUAUUGCCUGAGGCAGCCUUAAAGGACUUGUCAAGCAGGUGUCUGGGGGAGCUAGAAAGGUGUGGUGAAGCAGGAAGGAAAAGAGGAAGGAACGUCAUAUAACAACUAUAGAAGAGAUGUCUACGACGUUAGGACAAAGGCUGUUUUUUUGUACAUGUUCUACUUGAGACUCUGGUAAACUGAUGUCUUGUUUAAGCUUGAGGAGAUGUGACCGGUUCACACAGAUUAUUAAGAAGGAAGGGCAUGGAGUAGGUGCCUCUACCAUAAAGGUGCCUCUACCCAUAAUUAUAAGGGUACUUUGGAUUACAAUAUUUCAUGCGAUUUCUUUGCUUUGUCUUGCUUUGCACCUAAACUAUUGGAUGAGAGAUUUUUUUUAAAAAAAGACUAUGAAAAAAAAAAACAUUCAAAGUAGAAUGGAAUUGUAUUCCUUCUGUAUCUCUGGGAGAUCGGUCCUCUUCAGUGGCACCAGUCCACUCAUCUUUUUUUUUUUAAGUCUGUCUAGUUUUUUUUCACUUGUCUCUCAGACAGUUGUUACUGAAUCAGUGUCUGGAGACAGUUAAGAGACAAUAGCUUUUUUCUAGUCUUGGUGAUAAAAAGCUGUGGCUUUAAUUGUAUUUCCCUUUCCCUCACUCUUCUAGUAAUUGUUUUUGUGUCCUUUAAUGUGCUGGUUGGAAACUGCCCAUAAUUCUUUUCUAUAGUUUCAGAGAAGAAUUAUUUUGUAUAACCCAAAUUGUUGAAAUACAGAGAGAAAGAAGUGGAAGGCUACAAAAGAUAGAAGCCCAAAUGUAAUUGGUUCAAUAACAGUGAGUACAAAUCAUUUCUGCAAUAGCAAGAAGCACAGUCUCCCAUCACAGCCUGGGGAUUCUCCAAACACUUUUCUUGUUGUAGGUUUCCAAUCUUUUUCCUCCAUAGAAUUGCAAACCAUAAGCAAACACCUAAUGAAUCUUUGACACAAUCUAGGCACUGCUAUUAAUCUGAAGCAGUUACUGAAAUACCUUUAUACUGUCUGGAAUGUAGACAGAAACUUGGAAAUACAUCCCAAAUGAACAUAAACCAGAGAGAAAGCUGUGUUCAUUUGAAGCAGCAAAAACAAUGGUGAGUUUUGUGACUUUUAAACACAAAUGCAUUCGUGCCCCAUUUCACUUUUCUCUUUAAAUAUGUACUUAUUUGAUCAAUUUACAAUAGUAGCUAAUAGUGUUAUUACUGUUUUGUAAUGUUAAUUUAAUACCUGAAAGGGGACAAUUUCUUUUGAUGCAACAUCAGAUUCAUUUGACUGAUGUGCAUACAUAAAAUAUGUCAGCUUUUGUUUCUGUCAUUCAGACAGAAGCAGUUAUACUUAGGGGUUAUCAAGCCAUUGUUUAUUUGGUUUGGGGAAUAGGACAGAAGUGGUGAAUAGAGAUUAUUUAUUUUAAGCCAUUCAAAACAAUGGAGAAUGACAUGCUCUGUGUCAUGUUUCCCGAAAGGUAGUGAGCAAUCAUGAUCUGAAAACAGGGCUUCACAGCUGUAGCAGGAAUGGCAUCUCCUCUCUCGUGCAUAUGUAUGCGCCUGUAUUCACUAGAAAAGCAUCUAGUUCUAAACAGGAAUUUGUACGGUAUUCUAAAGUACUUAAAAAGAAAUAAUAUGUCUCUGAAUAAAAGGGGUUCUCCCCCAUAGCUUCUGAGAUACAGUUAACUCCUAACAAAAUAUCUGCCUAAGUUAAGACAUUUAUGUUGCAAGUCAUUAGCUUCUAUUUACCUAGGGGGUUUACUUCUGAGUAAACACCUGUAUCUUUGAGAUAAUGCUGUAAGCAUCUGGGAGAGGACAUCAGCUCAUAUUCACCCAGUUCCCAUAAAGAACAUGCAUGAUUUUUCCCUCACAUUGUGUGGAAAGUUUUCAUAUUCAGUAAUCUGGGAGGAACAAUACAAAAAGUUUCUUCCCUGCCUGAUUCAUUUGGGAUACUUUUAUCUGAAUUUAUGCUAUGCUCUAUGUUUUCAUAUUGAAGAUAUAUAGCAGACGUGAGCAAAGGAGAUAGAUGCAGGCACAGUAUCUGGAGUUUUUUUUUUCAUAUAGCAGGAAGCGACAACAGUGGCCCCAUUGCUAGAGAAGGCAAAGUCUCUGGUGGCCAGAAGUCACUUUCCAUAAUCUCCAAUUUCUGGUGGGGGAAGUGCUACAUGGAGGAAUCUCAAGGCCAUGUUGUCUUUAUGGGUUUGCACACAGAACUUCUACUAAGAUUUCACUCUCUAGUUCAUCAUGGGAAAGAGUUCCAAGUGGCUGCAGGUGCUAUGAGGGACUACUGAACAGAGCUAAAUUCUAAAUUGGAGGAAGAUGUAGAGUUGAGGUUGAUUUACUUUACAAAAUACAAAAUUAAUUUCAUAUGCCAUUAAUCUGGUUUAUGGGGCUUGUUGAAUUGAGUCCUUUGCUGUAUACCUUGAGAGACUCCUAGGUCAUAGGAAAAACCUGUUUGUACAUUAUUUAGAUCAUUAUGAGAACCGUCUUGUGGUUCCUUCUCCUGCACCACUUCCAUGCUUGCAGCUUUGGCAAACAUCACUGAGUUUAAUUUGAAUCAUGCUAGUGACAGUCCUUGUUCUGAUGUGUGAGUACCAACUAAAACCAAGGACCACUGUGAUAUAGCAGAUUCCAGAUCAAUAGAUACAUUUUCAGAGUAAUCAUCCUGUGCUACGAUUGGUCCAUUGCGACAGGAGUAAAUUAUCAGGCGGAUGGUUUUAAAAACAAAACAAGCAUGGGCAGAUUCUCUUCUCCAGUCUGGGGACAGGAUAGAAGAAUUAUGUCUAAAUCCUGUUGGUUAAUCUCAGCCCAUUAAAUCAAUUGUUGAAUGAUGAAUCAACGUAUAGGCAAUUCUAUUAAUGCAGUGAGCCUACUCUAGUGGGAUUUAUGCAGUCUUUCUUUUUGCCCUUGCAGGGGAUGAUUGGGAAGUUUGACUUCUCUCUUGUGUGCUCAGAGAGGGAGGUCUGAAAAGCCCUAUGGACUCUAGGAUGUCCUCCUAGGUUGAAUAGAGUUUAUGUUUUCUUCCCAAAUUGUUGAUCAAUUUACUUUGCCUUCAGUUCCUUUAUUAGGAAAUUGGUGUAUAUGUUGAAACAGUGUACCAAUUUCACACUUGAAGGGAGGCAAUCGUUUCCCUACUUGGUGAUCCUCUUAGUACAGGUGAAGAGCUAGAUAUUAAUAGUCUUAAAAAACAAAAAUAUUAUUCCAUCUCUUAUAGGUUACUGCAGGUUGAAGUGAUCCAGUUUGUCCAUGUAGGUGGCUACGUUACAGGCUUAACAUACAUACACACAUACACACACACACACACACAACCCAGCACCCCCUAGACAAGCUUUACUUCUGAAUCAAAAUAUGUCAGAAGAACAUCAUUUCUCAUAAGGACAUCCUGUCUCAACAGGUUUAUGAGGAGUUUCAACCAGCACCCAGUUUUCUGAAUAAAUAUGUAUUGCUUCUGCUGCUGUUUAGUUUUCUUUAUGCUUUCCCUUCUGUUGUGUUGUCUGUUUGGAGGUUAUCGUUUUUAAAAACAAAAUUAUGUACAACAGCUGUAGCGUUUCAGAAACAAGCCCACAACUUCCUGACAUCUGCAAAGUUGUACUUGUUUUGAAAUUUUCUGUUUUCAUUUUUUUGUCUUGAACUGUAAACUGUGCUAAAAGUUUAUUUAUUUAUUGUAGGGGAGGGGGAGAUGAAAAUAUUUUAUUAGAAUUGAUGAGAGCUGCACAAAAAUAAAUAAAAACAGACUCAGAAUGUGUCCCAAGGAACAGAUAUAGAAAUGCAAUUAAAAGAAGACUGGUUCUGAUUAAAAUGAAAAA